UAAGUAUUAUUGCCGUUUGUCUUAUGUAUCUAACAUAUUCUCUUUCAACUCUUAUUGUUCUCAUCUAUCACGGCUGUUGUUCCUUUACUACCUAAUGACAUGGAUAAGUUCCAUUAGCUCUAUGACCCGUUUGUUUCUAAUCAGUAGCCUGAUAACCACAAGCUCUCAAGAAAGUAUUUUUGUACUUGUUUCUAGCAAUAAGGAAGCAGAUGGAAAAAGAUAUAGAUGAGGUUGGGAAGAUUGCAAUAAAUGUCAAACCAAAAAUAGAAUCAAUAAAUAAAGAGCUAAAUUUGUUUGUUCUUUUAUAUUUGGACUAGUAAAGAAGUUUUUGUGUUUAAUGUUCACCGUUCAAAAGAACUCUAAUUCUUUCUUUUCUUUAGAACUUGGCCAAUAGACAAAAGCCUGGAGUGGAAAGGGUACAAGUGUUGAUAGAUCAAGGAAAAAUAUGACCAAGUACAUUAAUAGACAUAGGUUUUCAAUAUUGCUUGAUGUUAUUUUCCACUUCUUGUGCUAGUGUAUGUGUUUUUUUUAAAUAUUGAUCUGCAUUGUAUUGACGAAGAAGUGCAGACAUGUUAUGACAGAAAUUCAGGUAUAGACAAGUCUUUUAUUUACUUUGUCUUGUCUUUUAUCUUCAAUAUAAGUUGGUAAUAAGUUAUGUUCUUCCAGACAUUAAGGCAGAAAAUAGACAACGAAUAUCGUGAUGUCGUAGAGCGAAGGGUGAUCAUAGGUUUGGAUCCCAAAUUUUAUUCCAACAGAAAUAGAACUUGUGAUAUCUGCUUAAUGAUUUUUCAAUUUCCAUAUGUUGAUCUAACAUGUGGCUUUAUCGUGUUUUGACCUUACAACUUAGCAGUAACUAAAACUAGACUAGAUGAGGAGGUAAGUGCAAAGUCUUGUAAUUGAUAAUCCUGAUCAAUGCGAUUGUUUUUUUCCUCUAAUGUUUAUUCUUGUGAUCAUGUUAGACAAUAAACAACCUGAUUGAAACUGGAAAUAGCAAACAAAUCUUCCAGAAUGCUAUCCAAGGAAUGGGACGCGGACAGAUCUUAAGCACCGUAGAAGAAAUUCAGGAAAGUAAUGAUGUAGUGAAGGAAAUUGAGAGAAAGCUUCAUGAUCUGCAUCAAAUUUAUCUAGAUAUGGCUUUUUUGGUUGAAGCUCGAGGAGGCUUGUUAGAUAAUAUUGAAACACGGGUGUCUAAAAUGAUGAAGGAGAUGAAGAAAGAAGUGAUGAAGAAAUUGACCGACCUUGAGAAAAUUUUCGAAUUGUUGAUAGAUGUUUUAGUAUCGAUCUUUUUGAUAUAGAAUUUUGUGAAACUUAUCGCUACUCGAACUUGAUACUAUAUUGAAAAACUAAUGAUCAUUUAAACAUUUUGCUUUUGGAUUUAGAUUACUAGUUUGUUGGAUAUUUUGAUUUGAAUUAUUAUUAAUGAAAGAUUUUGUUGUGAUGUGUA